AUGCAAACAGCGGCCAAUGGUUUAUGGGUGCGAUUCCCAAUAGUUCACUGUCGUUCGUCAUUUCCCACUACGGCCACGGUUGAUUCGACAGGGCAUGCAUGAUCAAGACAUGCAUUUGAUGUACCUGCAUCUACAUAAUGCUCUAUUCCCAACCUUCUAUCGAGUAACGACGUCAAGCAAAUUACACAUCGUUGUCACCGAGAGCUCCUUCAACCACCCACUUCCGCCCUUUACAGGUCCUGACAACACACCCCACCCUACCAAGCAGCACACCAUGGGCUGUCUUAUGAGCUGCCUGAUGCCGGUGACGUUGUACAUCUGCAUCAAGAAGUGCCCGGAGUCACCCUUCCACGGUGACCCUGACUUCUUCAAGGGCGUCCCUCCCAUAAGUACCACCACGCUUGCACACACCUGGUCCGACCUCCGCACCGUGUACACCGCGUCCGAGAUGUGCGAGUUGCUCCCUGGCAAGGUGUUGGAUACAGACAAGUGCGCGGUCGACUUUUCGGGCGUAGAUGCGGGAAUCCUUGGUGUGCUGGAAGGUGUGGGUUCGCCGGGCGUUGUUUGUACGGUGAACCUCAAGGAUGCUGGUACUAGAGGCUUGCAGGAGAAGCAGGACGCUUGUGCUGAGCUGCAAGGCGGGUGGACGGUGGGGAACCGUGUGAUUCGUGCCAUGGAGAAUGCUAGCUCUACGCGUCCGUUUGCACUCUGCCCAAACAACGCGCACGCAAACACUUGGUGCUCAUUUCGUCUCGCUUCCACCUCACCUCGAUCUUCUCUCAGAUAUUACCCGCCAACAACAAUGGUGGAUAACCGGAACAGCGCUCCUCGCAAGCGCAGCCUUCGCAACGCUCCACCUCUUACCUCUGGCUCCAACAAUGCUCGUCGCACUUCGGGCCCUGACCGCAGGCAAGACGGUGCCCGCUCCGCUUCUCCCCUACAACGAGGUGUGCGCUCAAGGGAUUGUGAGCGAGAGACUAGAGGGGACAUUGGACAGCGAUACCAGCACAUGAAGGACGCGGCUAGAACUCAGCGUACCGUAAAGAAUGACCACUACUCCCCCAAGGCUCGUACGCCAGUGGAGCGCAUGACCGCAGGUCAUUCACUUUCUGCUGGGCGCAACAGCGGUCUCGUAAUCUCUAGCCUGCACGAGGACCAGACUGUAGUCCAAGACACCCUCCGCAACGCCGCCCACACAGCACGUUACUUAGAAAACUGCACCGCGGAUACGCCAGACCCGUUCAUCGCAUCCGAGAAUAACUCAGCGUAUCUUCAGCCGCCGCAGAACAUGUCCCAGAACCCUGACUUAGUCAAUGGAAUCUUGUUGGAGUCCCUGCGCAUGGUCGACUACUUGCAGCGCAAUACCACGUCAGAUGCUCGACCUUACCGCGCUUCGCCAGAGGUGGCGAGGUACUUGGAGCAUAUCCGGGAGAGAUAUCCUGAGGCGUUGGUGUAUGGGAGGAUGGAUGGGCAAGAUCAAAGUCUAGAGCGACUGGAGAGUGUUGGUGUCGGUGAGUCUGUGACGAGCCCUGUGGCGGAUCCAGAAGGCUCUGACGGUAAUGGUGAUGGCCAUUUAGGAGAGGCAGACAUGGACUGGUACACUGCUGUUUGGGAUGAAAACUCGAAUGAUGCUGCGAAGGGAGAUGUUUGAGUUGACUCUCCACUAGCAGCGUAAACGCUCAGCGUAUUUGCGGGCCAUGAGCUGAUUAAGCGAUCCUGGGGGUACACAAGGGUGAUUGGACUGUGUAUUCAAGUCGUCGCAUGCUGAGCUCUUCAGGUCGGUAGUUUCGUUGGCAAAGUUGCUGCGGCGCGCAUAUUCAUCCG